AUCCGCUCCCCAAGUCAAAGGGUUUCAAACGGUGGCUUAUACCUACAGUAGUGCUGUACUCUUCUGAGACCAUUACGUGCAUUCACAAGCGCAAAACUCCCAUCAGCUCUUGUUUCAUCUGAGCUUGGUUGACCAUCCGCUUGUGCUCGUCCAAAUUGGGUUGAUUAAUCCACUCAUAGGGCAGAACCUGGACGGGAGCCCCAACGACCAUCGGACCAAGGCGGCGGCAACGCGGAUCGCGGAUCGUGACGUUGGCACACACGCAGCCUGCAUCACGAAACGGCGAUCCCGUCUUUGCCCCCAAAAUACCAUCAUCUCCAUCCCACUUUUUUCACAUUAUCACAACAAGUCUCACUCAAAACACUUUAUUGUGCAAGCCACGCAAGGAUGACUUCAUCUUCAUCCACGAUUAUCCGUAUCCCCCGGACCGAUACCGAUCAGGAGGAUGACUGCAUCCUGGGCGAGGUGGUCCACUCGGGAGGGUCAUCCGCGAGGGGAUUGAAACCGCUGAAUCUCAGAAUAAUUGCUACGGAGGGUGAAGAACCGUAUGCGCUCACGCUAAAACAUGACCACAUUAACGACCUCCGCGCCAGCAGCUCCGCCUGCUCCCCCACAGAAUGGCAAUCCAUCCUAUCCUCCCUCUUCAUAACCGCCUCGCCAGUAGAAGGCAUCGAAGCCGGUGCCCAAGUAGAAACCCGGGGCAAGAAAAAGUCCAUCACCAUCACCAUCCGUCGCCGCGUAGCCGGCAUCAACCAACGACUUGGUGCCCUAACCCUCGUUCACUCCCCUUCCUCCGAGAUCCAGCUCUUCGACUGGUGUUCGCAACUCGCCAUCUCCCGUCAAACCGCACUCACUUCCCUGUCCACCUCCGCCGCGCAGGUCGCGUAUCUCAAGGCCCGUGUGGCUGACCUGAAGAAGCAGUUGGAGGAACUCACGCAGUCCAAGGUUGAGCAGGAGACCGAGCUGUUGCAGAAGUUCAGGGCGCUGCUUAAUGAGAAGAAGGCCAAGAUUCGUCAGCAGCAGCAGGCUUUGAGCAGUAGAGCAAGACCAAGGUCAGGUUCGCGAGAGAGGUUGUCGGGGAUGAUUGAGAGUGCGAGGAGUAAGUCCAAAGUUAACGUAACGGAAAGUCAAUUGAAUGAGGAGAAUGAGGAAGAAGAGGGUGGUGCCAAGAUCGGCAGGAUAGGAGCAGGAGGACGCGGAACAGGAUCAGCGAAAGCAAGGACAAACACAAGAACCGCCCGUGUCUCUAGACCAGGAAAACGAAAGGCUGCAAAGGACGUACCAUCAUCAGACGAUGACGACGAUGACGACCACGCAAAAUUCGAAAGGAUGGAUGUCGACGAGCCGGUACCUGAGCUAGAAUCAGAGCCGGAACCUUCAUCAAAGACGGCCACCAUGGGACAAUCAUCCUCUAGCAAGACCCUCGACCAUGAGGACGUCACUGAUAACGACGAGGACGAAGAUGAGGUCCUCAAUAAGACAUCUGACCGCAAUACCCCAGACCACGACGAUGACGAAACAGCCAGUGAGCCCGAUGAGGAGGAUGGGACUGUAGAAGCCGGGGAGAAGGAUCUUGAUGUGCCGCCUCCUUCACCGCCGCCUGCUAGACGACAACGCACGGCAGCGGCAUCCUCGACAACGACGACAACCCCUCGGAAAAAGACGACGGCUGCUGUUGUAGAAAAAGGAAAGGGAAAGGAGACGCCAACGCCCAUUUCUCAUACAAAGAGGGCGGGGGCGACGGCUACGAGAGCGUCUCAACCUGCUGCUGCUGCUGCAGUGGAUGAGGGGAGUGAGACGGAGUCUGAUGAUGAGUUGUGAGCGGACGGUGUACGUUGAACGCGAGUUGGGGGAGCGUGAUAUAACGAUGGAUGAUAAUUAGACAUGUCUUUGAUGAGAGGUGUCGAUGACUGAAUCCUACAGUGGCAAUCCAUGUCCAGUAAAGUUGAUGUUUGCAAAACAAAAGCUGUUUUAUGGGUAUUAGCACUGCAUGUCAGACUCUA